GAGUCGACCAUAAGGUCUCGGGUUGAGUUGAGCGCGGCUCCUCCUCCUUCAGUCUUCUUUGUGGGCAGCCCUGGUUUUGUGUGCGGCGGAUUAUUUCACCUACUGUAAGAUGCAGGGAAACAGAGGACCUCGUCCCGAGCACCACAACCACGGCCCCCAGAGACAGCAGACCAACCCCCAGCACGAACAGCAGCAGCAAAGGAAGCCCGCUGGAGGAGCAGACAACAGCAAUGGCCAGCACACCGACUCCACUGACCAGGCCAGCCUCAAUGAUGCCCUGACCAUAGACCUGCAGAACUUUAGAAAGCCAGGAGAGAAGACCUACACGCAGCGCAGCCGACUGUUUGUGGGAAACCUGCCGACUGGCACCACCGAAGAAGACGUUGAGAAGCUCUUCUCCAAAUAUGGAAAACCCUCUGAGAUCUUCAUUAACAAGGAAAGAGGAUUCGGCUUCAUCCGACUGGAAACAAAGACACUGGCUGAUAUUGCCAAAGCUGAACUGGACGAUACAUUGUUCCGUGGCCGCCAGAUCCGUGUACGCUUUGCCACCCACGGUGCAUCACUGUCUGUGAAGAACCUUCCUCAGUUUGUUUCCAACGAGCUUUUGGAGGAGGCUUUCACCAUGUUCGGCCCGAUUGAGCGUGCCAUCGUCAUUGUGGACGACCGUGGCAGACCCACUGGCAAGGGCAUUGUAGAGUUCGCCAACAAACCUUCAGCCAGGAAAGCUCUUGACCGCUGCGCUGAUGGAGCAUUUCUGCUCACCUCGUUUCCACGUCCAGUAACUGUGGAGCCCAUGGAACAGCUGGAUGAAGAUGAGGGACUUCCAGAAAGACUGGUCAGCAAAAACCCACAAUUCCACAAGGAACGUGAGCAGCCCCCUCGUUUCGCUCAGCCUGGCUCAUUUGAGUACGAGUAUGCAAUGCGUUGGAAGGCUCUGAUGGAGAUGGAGAAGCAGCAGUUUGAGCAGGUGGACAGGAACAUUAAAGAAGCUCAGGAGAAGUUGGAGCAGGAGAUGGAUGCAGCCAGGCAUGAGCACCAGGUCAUGCUGAUGAGACAGGAUCUGUUGAGGAGGCAAGAGGAGCUGAGGCGUAUGGAGGAGGCACACAACCAGGAGGUGCAGAAGAGGAAGCAGCUGGAGCUGCGCCAGGAGGAGGAACGGCGCCGCAGGGAGGAGGAGCUGCGGGCCCACAAUGAGGAUUUAAUGAGGAGACAGCAGGGCCAGGGCGGAAACUUUGCAGAUAAAAGGGAACAGGACAUGAGGAUGCACAUGGGAGGUCAGGGUCUGCCCAUGAACAGGAACCCAAUGGGAGGGAACACUGCAUCUCCAGGAGCAUCAAACCUGACCUCCAGCGAGAACACUGGUGGAAAUCCUGGUGGUCUUCCUCUGCCAUUCCCUCGUCCCGGACCUCCCAUUGACUUUGGCCAAAACAAACGCCGCAGAUUCUGAGAUCCUACAAGACACCCUCCUCUAUCUAUUUCUUUCUCUCAUUAUCUAUCUCUGUCUCUUUCUUUCCCCCUCCUUUCCUCCCUUCAUGAUUUAAUUUUUUUACACACACACAAACUGUACGAUAUUUUUAAGCUCAGUCCAUGAAUUGGUAGUACCUCCGGCACACUUUUUUUUUUUUUUUUUUUUAAGUGUGUGGUAUCUUUUGUGAAGUUCGUUUUAAGCUUAGAGUAUUCACUUUGAUUUGCUUCUGGAGAUUCAUUAUCUUGUACCUUACAGGUGGAAAAUUCAAUUUUUGUAUAGACAUUUGUUUUUUCUGUUUUAUUGUGAUUUAUUUUUCUUAUUUUUAUUUUGUAUUUCUCCCAGUGUACUUUUUAUAUAGGAUUAGUAAAUUCAUUUGUCGGCCAUUUUCUGAAAUAUCCACAUUUCUAAACGCCUUACAAUAAAUCAA